AGCCACGAUUCCGCCUUCCUUGCCUGCAGUCAACUGCAGUUGCUCGACAGGUGCUGGUUGUUACUUAACUUAACUGUUUCCAGUUCCCAAAGGGACCCAGUCUCCUCUUUUUCCAAAGCAUGGGUGUCCUCAGAUUGCUGACUGGAGCUCUUCUCCUUAUCUACUUCACCACCACCGUAACACCACGGCUCCAUGGAAAGUCUUUCAGAGCUUCCCCAACAAUAGCCAGACUCCCAAAGGCCACCCCAACUCCUGAGUGCAUAGACACUGUUACCUGUGGCUCCGCGAAGUUCGUGGCCAAAUGCGUCACUUGUCGUCCGGAGUACUUCUAUUGUCCAACACCUGGCGGUCCCCCAAUUCUCGAGGAGUGCACUUCUGACAUGGUAUUCAAUCCUGACCCCAACUACCCGAAGUGUAUUUUGAAGAGCAACUGCCCUUACCAUCCCCCCUGGACUCUUCCACCCACUCCGCCACCUCCCACAACCGCUCCACCUGCGACUACUACAGCAGCUGUUGUGACAACUGCUGCGCCUACGACAGCAGCUGGAAGUACAAUACCUGGUACUACAGGUCCCACUGCGGCUCCAGGUAAUGGCACCACAGCUGCACCAGCGACAACUACAGCAGGACCAGCGACAACUCCCCAAGCAACGACAACAGCUGCUCCAACACCUACGCCUGAAUGUGUAGAUUCACUCACAUGUCCAGCGAGCGGAUUCUACGCUCAGUGCGUCACUUGCCAGCCAACUUUCUUCCAGUGCGCAGCGGCGGGUAGUGCAGGGGUUCUAAGGCAGUGCAGUAGUGGAAUGGUGUUCAAUACUGACCCUGCUUUCCGUAAGUGCGUCCUGGCCUCCAACUGCCCUUACCAUCCACAAUUUUAGAAUUAGCACCACUACCUACCAAUCAAAAGUAUUCCAAGUUGUCUUUGCCCUUUUCACAGGAUCUUGAAACUUGGGCAUUAAUAGGUGUGGAUCAUAUUUCAUCAGGGAAUUAUCAUUUGUACUUAGCCAUCUUGCUCUACCUUUGAGAACAUCAACUAUCUGCCUUAACUUUAAAAGAAUGUUCCCACCUGUCCUUACCUUCUCAAAUCACAUCAACAGGUUACUGCAGUCCAGAAGUAUAAUCAAAUCCCCUUCCUAUGAAGACCAUACAUAUCUAUCUACAUUGGUGUUCUUAAGUUCCACAGACUGUCCUGACUUUCCAAGAAUAUCAUCCUUAUCUUCAAAACCUUCCAGCAACUACCCUGGGCAAGCUGCUCUUUCUUCUUCUUCUUCUUCUUCUUCUUCUUCUUCUUCUUCUUCUUCUUCAUUUUAGAUACCCUUAGUCAAAUACCUUAAUAAUGUAUUAUUAUACUAAUAUUUUUCCAGUAUGAUCAUCUGCCCGUUAAGAAUACAAAAUUUCUAAAUCAGUAUUUCACUGUUCUAAAUCAGUAUUUCACUGUUAAGAUACUACAAAAUUUCUAAAUCAGUAUUUCACUGUCAUAUUUUUUUUUAUCCAUAGACUGGGAUUUUAACCUCCAGUACUUUGUGAAUGUUUCUGUCAGAUUCUUUUCUUUAUUCCACCAAUAAUUUUACAUACUAGAAGUAAUAGGGCAGUUACUAAGAAAUUGUCAAAUUAACUUUGCUUUCUCGGUAAGCACACUUAAUUUAGCAUAUAUCAGUGUAAAAAAUGUAAACAAUUUUUCAUUUACAAGAUAUGCACAGACUCAAAGCUAACUUAGCGAGGAUUGUUUAGAGAGAAUAAUUAUUUAUAUUAUAAUUUACAACAGCAACUCUAUGUCAUUGCUAAGCCUUUUGAAUCUUUUCAAUAUAGAUUUGCCUCUGUAAUUUCUGUCAUACCUGCGUUUUCCAUCAAUAAAUACUAAUACAAACUUCGUUUGAUGUUUAGAACAAUAGUAAAUGCUACAAAGUC